CCCCAGCGUCCCCUUGCUAGCUCCUCAGCCCCCAAGGGUCUCAUUGGGCAUGAGUGUAGAGGACGGGGGUUUGCCAGGCCUGGGCCGCCCUGGGCAAGCACGCUGGACCCUGAUGCUGCUCCUGUCCACUGCCAUGUACGGUGCCCAUGCCCCGUUGCUGGCACUGUGCCAUGUGGAUGGCCGCGUGCCCUUCCGGCCCUCCUCGGCCGUGCUGCUGACUGAACUGACCAAGCUGCUCCUGUGCGCCCUCUCCCUCCUGGUGGGCUGGCAGGCCUGGCCCCAGAGGACCCCACCCUGGCGCCAGGCGGCCCCCUUCGCACUGUCAGCCCUGCUCUACGGCGCCAACAACAACUUGGUGAUCCACCUCCAGCACUACAUGGAUCCCAGCACCUACCAGGUGCUGAGCAACCUCAAGAUCGGCAGCACAGCGCUCUUCUACUGCCUCUGCCUCCGCCGCCGCCUCUCUGCACGCCAGGGCUUGGCCCUGCUGCUGCUGAUGGCAGCGGGAGCCUGCUAUGCGGCUGGCGGCCUCCGGGACCCUGGGAGCCCCCUUCCUGAGUCCCCUUCCACGGCUGCCUCAGGCCCCGUGCCCCUGCACGUCACCGCACCGGGCCUGCUGCUCCUCCUCCUGUACUGCCUCAUCUCCGGCUUGUCCUCCGUGUACACGGAGCUGCUCCUCAAGCGGCAGCGGCUGCCCCUGGCGCUUCAGAACCUCUUCCUCUACACGUUCGGUGUGCUCCUGAACCUGGGCCUGCAUGCAGGCGGCGGCCCUGGCCCAGGCCUCCUGGAGGGCUUCUCGGGGUGGGCAGCGCUCGUGGUGCUGAGCCAGGCCCUAAAUGGACUGCUCAUGUCGGCUGUCAUGAAGCACGGCAGCAGCAUCACGCGCCUCUUCGUCGUGUCCUGCUCGCUGGUGGUCAACGCCGUGCUCUCGGCCGCCCUGCUGCGCCUGCAGCUCACGGCCGCCUUCUUCCUGGCCGCGCUGCUCAUUGGCCUGGCUGUGCACCUGUAUUACGGCAGCCGCUAGCCCCAGACCGCCUCCAGCCUCCCUCCUGACCCGCCGACGGGCGCCUCCCCUCAGCAGCCCUGUAACAAGUGCCUUGUGGGAAGAGCUGGGGAGGCGAGAGCAGCCACAUUCGGCUCUGCAGGUGGGUGGAUGAAGGUUCACCCUGGAGACUUAAAGGCUGGGUUCGGUUAAGGAAACUCUCACACCCCUGCAAGGUCUCCAGACUAAGGAAUCAGGUGCGCCUCCGUGCCCAGGCCCGAGAACGUCACCAUCCCCGGUGGGGGAGGUGCCCCACCUCAGCCCGCAGGAGGCAGUUGCUUAGAGUGGAGUCGCCCCAGCAGACCCAGUGCCCCCAGGCCUGGUGCCGGCCUGGUGCUGUCUGCCCUGAGCGGACACUCGUCCCCCACUGUCAGGUAGCAGAGCCACUUGCCGCAGGCUGCGCACCCGUCCCCCAGGCCACUCGGCCGUGCUCCCAAAGCUCCAGCAGCACCUGGAGAUAGGCCCUCUGCUCUCUCCACCCCUGGCCUUUGUUCUGGAAACCUCAGAGAGGACUGGGGCUUGACUCAUCUCAGGGAAUGUUGCCCCUGGGCCCUGGCUUAAGGCUACACUCCUGAUCUCUCUGCUCACCCCAAGGGCCCUCGCAAACCCACUGCCCCUGUCCAGCUCCUAAGAGGUACCAUACUCACUCUGGGUCCUGCCCCUUCCUAGCAGAGGCCCAGCUCCUACCAGCCUGGGGAAGCUCUGCACAGAGCGACCUGGGACCAGGCACAGGGACACUUGUGUCUCUCAAUCAGCGUCUAACUGUGUAAGCAAUAAGGUCUUAAUAAAGUGCUCUGGGGUCUCGGUGGUCCUACAGUCGGC